GAAAAGGGCUAGCGCAUGAGAAAUUAUGUGACACGUUUGUGGCUCAUUAUAGUGAGUGUAUAUAUAGGGUUUUCAUUUUUGCCUGUGACUAGCUCUAUUCUUCAGCUCCUCAGAAACUCCAUGCUGUAUUAGAAGCACCAGUACCCUCAGCACUCAGUGUUUACUGUUUCCAGAGCACAGAUAGUGGCUGCACCUGUUCAUGGUCUCACUCUUUAUUCACGCUACCUGCAACAACUAGAACAACACCAUCAUGGCGCACAACUGUACGGAUAUACAUGACGUGCUGGAAAAGUACUACCUGUCACCAAUGUAUGCCAUUGAGUUCUGCAUUGGUUUCCCUAGCAACCUUUUGGUUGUACUUGGUUACAUAUUUUGUUUGCCAAAUUGGCAGAGCUGCAAUAUCUACGUCUUCAGCCUGGCAGUCUCUGAUCUUAUUUUUCUCUGCACACUGCCAGGCCUCUCCUACCUCUAUGCAAAUAACCAAUCAACAAGCAGUCCCUCUGCUUGUGUUAUCAACCGCUAUAUCCUGCAUGUCAAUCUUUACUCUUCCAUCCUCUUCAUGGUUUGGCUCUGCAUGGACCGCUUCCUGCUCAUAAAACAUCCAACGCGGAACCACUACCUGCAGAGGCCGCAAACAGCUGUGAUUGUAACGGCGCUGAGCUGGCUGGCUGUUAAUGUGGAAAUUGCGCCGAUGAUAGCACUUAUGGUUCAGGACCUUCACAAUGCAAACUAUAGUCACUGCACGGAUUUUGCUAACCUAAAAGGAGAUGUCCACACAUUAGGCUACAGCCUAGGGCUAACCUUGACUGGAUACAUACUUCCUCUCUUUGCACUCUGUGGUUUCUCCUACCAAAUUGCACAUCUGCUCCGUGUCCAAGAAAGGGCUCUACAGCGCAGGUCAACAUCAUACAAGCGACCUCUCAAGGUUGUUGCAUCAGCUGCAGCCAUGUUUCUGAUUCUCUACACUCCCUACCAUGUACUGAGAAAUAUAACAAUAGCAUCUUGGCAGGUCUGGAGAGGAAUGACACAAUGCCCAAAGAAGUACAUAGAGGCCCUGUACAUCUUGACACGACCAUUGGCCUUCUUGCACAGUGUCAUCAACCCUGUCUUCUAUUUCCUCAUGGGUGACAAGUUCAGAGAGCUCCUGUUCACUAAGCUCAGAAAGCUGGUCAGAAUGAAGGAGCAGCAAAGACAACCAGCCUGACAAAAUUCAACACAUGAAAAGAGACACACACCUGUCUUUACAUACUGUAUUUUGUAAAAAGCUUUGUUGAUAUGCUUCCCUUUACUUUGCUGUUAUUAAUUGUUAUUAAUGUAUUCAUUGAUAUAAUUGUCCAUUGAAAUAUUGUCAGACUGCUUGGUAUUAACAUUGCAUAACAUCUUUGGUCUUAGCAGAAUAUAUUCGCCCAUAUUUGAUAUGUAUAUUUUGUUACAGUUAUUAUUAUUAUUGUCAUUAUUAUUAUUAUUAUUAUUUAUUAUUUGAUUUUAAAAUAUAUAUAUAUAUAUGUCAAGAUAUCCAUGAAGUGAAAGUAAGGCAUUCAUUUCAUUUAAUGGCUGGCCCUCUGUGUGUGUGUAUAUAUAUAUACAUAUAGAUAUAUAGAUAUAUAUAGCAUGUGCAUGUGAGUGUGUAUGUAUCUGCACAUAGGUUGCUCUUUGUAUAUGUUGUUGAAAAAGCAUUAUUACUCAUAUUUGUAAUUGAAUGAAACUGGAGGUGCAUGUUUUAUCAUUGUUAUUACUAUAUGCGUGUGUAUUGUGCUGUAUUACUGUAUUACUUUUUAACAUAACAAAUUCUAACUCUCCUCAACUAAUAUUAAUUGGCUGGUGUUCAUAUUACUACAGGAAAGUUAGGGUUAGGUCAACUAGGUCAAGGUUUUCUGUGAUCACAUGAUGAUCCACUGCAUGUAGUUGGCAGACUGAACUCCAGUUACUUUCUGCACUGAUUCUGGUAUUAAUAAACUGCUAAUAAUCCCAAACCCCACUGACCAGUACUUUGGCUUUGGGGAACUUUUUCCCAGAAGUUUUUCUUGUGUAACAUGAAACUUGUACGGCUGAUAUUGAGUGAGUUUUUCUUAGAACUGUUGCCUUUGUUUUUCCUGGAUCUCACUGAUCCCAGCUUGCUGUGUUAUGUAGCACCUUACAUUGUGACCUUUUCAACUGAGUCAUCAGCAGGACUUUUAUUUUCAUUUCAAGAAAAUUUCCAUUGGCUUCCAAAGAUGAUUUAUCUACAAUCUCAUGAGUAGGGUCAGGGCUUUAAAAACAUGGGUGACAUACACUUUAAAGAGAGAAUAGAAGGGUUUGGAUUUGGCAUAUGUGUUUACAUUCCUGUCACCACAGUAUAGAGUGUGUAUCAUUUGUUUUAUUUGUGUGAAUGUGUGUAUUUGCAAAAUGUAUAUGUUAUAGUGCCAACCUAGAGCUGCUUCUUUGAGUUCCUGCAGACAAAAACACAAACUCAACCACGAUUAUAGCAGUGCAUAAUUUCCUCUUACUUCCUCUAACUCUUGCCUUUUACACUGUUUCAGUCACUUAAGUAAAAAUCUCAGUAAUAGUCCUUUUUCCUUAGUUACAUUAAUCACUCAGGGCUUCCAAAUACAAAAUCAUUCUAUCUCUACCUUGAAAAUAACUUCAUCUGCUGUGAAAAUGUUGUUGUAGUAUGGAAAGUAGUGAUUUAGUCUCAUCCACUAAGCUUAUUUUUAGUGUUGUUUGGUCUGGUUUAUUGAACCUUUAUGAUAUUUUCUAAUAAUAUUCUAAUAUGUACUGUAUCUCUAAUGGUAAACUCAUCUGGAAGUCUAUGCUCUCAUGAAAACUUCAUUCAUAUUAGACUGCCAGUGACCUUUGAUGCCUACUACAGUCCUGUAUCCUCAUUAAACACACUUGACUUCAUAGGGCUUUAAGACAACAGACAGAAUCGGGUGCAUUCUUUUACUUGUAACUAAUCCAUGCUUGAUCCAUCAUUUCAUUUACAUUGGCAUCUAUCCUGGAAUGAGCAAAGAAAAGAAACAAAGAUGAAAUAGCUAUGUUCUGUGUGUUCUUCAAGUUUCAUAAUAAAAGCCAGAGGAGUAAUAUUGAGACAGAGGCGAUGAGAAAAAGCAGCAGAAAAGAACAUGUGAGGACAAAUACGAAACCUAAAGCUCUGUAAUGUGAUAUCCCAAUGUAAUUACACUUUUUGAAGAUAAUUCAAUAUUGCAAUUCAGACAACUGAGGCUAUUGAGGCAUUUUGACAUUUUAGGGCACAUGUUAAACUUAUGAUUUCUUAAAGCACGUAUUCUAUGUAGUAAUAAUUUUGUGGUGAUAAAAUGUAUGUGUAGAAUGAAUUAUCAAACUUAAUCUGACACUCAAAAUUAAUAAAGAAAAUACCUAGACA